AUGGCUUCAGUAACCUCAGCCACCGUCGCAAUCCCAUCUUUCACCGGUCUCAAAUCCACAGUCUCCAAACCCUCCGCCGUCGUCAGACUCCCCGCCGCAUCGGCUGUAUCACGGAAGCUCACCGUGAAGUCAUCUCUAAAGGACUUCGGAGUCGUGGCCGUAGCGGCUGCAGCUUCGGUUGUUCUGGCCGGAAACGCCAUGGCGAUUGAAGUUCUCUUGGGAUCAGGAGAUGGAGCGUUGGCUUUUGUCCCCAACGAGUUCACUGUUGCGAAAGGAGAGAAGAUCACGUUCAAGAACAAUGCUGGAUUCCCACACAAUGUUGUCUUCGACGAGGACGAGAUCCCAAGUGGCGUUGACGCGAGCAAGAUCUCGAUGGACGAGCAAGAUCUGCUCAACGGUCCGGGAGAGGCGUACGAGGUUGCUUUGACCGAGCCUGGGACUUACAGUUUCUACUGUGCGCCGCAUCAGGGUGCUGGUAUGGUCGGUAAAGUCACCGUUAACUAA